AUGAAUGUUGCGUCAAUGAUCCGACCAAACGGAACCGAUUUCACCGCUCUUCAGAAACACUUUUUUGAUCAAUUCCAGACAUUCCAGAACGGCUUCACCAUCGCAUCUCUCAUCAAACACGAGAACAAGGAAGACGAGGAGAAGAAGAGCCCAAUGGGUGACGGAAAUCUCCUUGACCCCACUUCGGCAUCGGACAGCCGCGAAAACGGAUCACCGUCGGAUGGUACCAACAGCCCUGAUGAGAAUGGCAAACGAAAGCAGAGACGCUAUCGCACCACAUUCAGCGCGUUUCAGCUCGAUGAGCUUGAGAAGGUGUUUGCUCGCACACACUACCCCGAUGUGUUUACUAGAGAGGAAUUGGCGACACGAGUGCAGCUCACUGAGGCGAGAGUUCAAGUAUGGUUCCAAAACAGGCGCGCCAAAUUCCGCAAGCAGGAGAGAAGUUCGUCGCACCAUCCAUAUCAGAACGCGAUGCCCAUCCCACACAAUAAUGCUGAGCUUCCCUAUUCGCUGCUUAUGAAUCAAGAGGCCCUCAUUGCUGCAAUUAACAACCAGGCUGCUGCUCAGAUUGCUUUGAAUCAAAUGCUACUCCCCAACUCGGAUCGUCGCUCGCAAUCCCCAGCGGUUCCAGUGAGCUCGUCAUCGCCGGUUACUGCAACUGCCACCACAACCCCAACGGCGUUCCCGACCAAUGAUGCGUUGAGCAUGUUCUUCAGCUCUGUCAACCCGCAGCUUCUUUACAUGCAACAAUUGCAAAGAGCGAUGGAGGUGUUCCGUUUGAGCUUGAGCACUUCGGCAUCAAUUGCCAACACAACAUCGGCUGCCGGAGAAUCGUCAGAUAACGGUCCAGGAAAUGGCGUGUCGUCAAGGCCGUCGUCGUCGUCUUCAGCUGCAUUGGCUUCAGAGAGCCCGAACAACUUUGCGGAUCUCAAGUCGCUCAUCGCUCCUACCAAGUCGGAAAAUUCUGAGAAGCCAGAAUCGCCGAAAUCGCAAUAG